AUGUCCGAUCACCAACAUAGCGACGAACCUGGGCCUUCAGGUCCCAAUCAGCUCAAGGCCAAGCAAGAGGCCAUGGAAAAGGGUCAAUCUGAAGAGAAACCCUUAGUUGGCCCAAAUCUUGCCUUACUUAUGGCUGCAUUGAUCAGCUCCAUGUUCCUUGUUGCAUUAGAUCGUACAAUAAUCGCAACUGCUGUUCCCAAAAUUUCCGAUCACUUCCACGCCAUUGAUGACAUCAGCUGGUACGCCAGUGCCUACCUGCUGACCAGCAGCGCGACGCAGCUUAUCUGGGGUCGCAUUUAUACCUUCUAUUCAGCCAAGAUUCUAUUCUUGACAGCAAUCGUUGUCUUUGAGAUGGGCUCUGCACUUUGUGGUGCAGCCCCCAAUUCCAAGUCAUUCAUCGUCGGUCGAGCUAUUGCUGGGAUGGGCUCAGCGGGUAUCUUCAACGGAUCCACAGUCAUCAUCUCCCAGGUGGUGCCACUACACAAACGACCAAUGUAUAUUGGCCUCAUGGGGUCUACCUUUGGCGUAUCAUCAAUUGUUGGACCACUGCUUGGGGGCGUAUUUACCGAUCGGGUGACAUGGAGAUGGUGUUUCUAUAUCAAUCUUCCAAUCGGAGGAAUUGCCCUUAUCAUUAUCGCGUUUUCCCUCCAAGAGCCCUCACGUUCUUCGACAACUGCUCUGAAGCGUCAGCUCAUCCGACUUGAUCCUUUGGGAACAGUCUUGUUCUUGCCUGGGGUAAUCUGCCUGCUUCUCGCGCUGCAAUGGGGCGGAACUACCUACGGCUGGAGCAAUACUCGCAUCAUUGUAUUACUCCUCCUAGCGGGUAUUCUACUCGCUGCCUUCGGAGCAGUCCAAGCCUGGUGCAAAGAUGACGCAACAAUUCCACCACGGAUAAUCAAGCAACGUAGCGUUGCAUUUGGCGCAGUAUAUACCUCGUGCAUUUCUGGAGCUAUGAUCUCCAUGCUUUAUACCCUACCUCUAUGGUUCCAGGGAGUCAAGGGCACGAGUGCGGUACAGUCUGGGUUGGAUACUAUCCCAAUGGUGCUGUCGCUUGUUGUAGCCAGCAUUUUGUCCGGUGCGACAAUUUCGCGCACAGGAUAUUAUGUGCCUUUUAUGUUCAUCGCAUCUUUAUUGAUGGCAACCAGCUCGGGCAUGAUCACCACCUUCAAAACUGAAACGGGCCACUCGGCCUGGAUCGGCUACCAGGCAUUGUUCGGUUUAGGCUUGGGAUCCGGCAUGCAACAACCGACGAUGGCCGCCCAGACUGUGCUGGAUCAAGCAGAUGUUCCCAUCGGAGUUGCGUUGAUGUUUUUGUUCCAAUCCCUUGGUGGCGCUGUCUGGGUCGCCGUCAGUCAAAAUCUCUACACCAAUUACAUUGCCACCGAGCUGCCUAGCAUCUCGGGUAUCAACCCGGAAGCAAUUCUCGCAGCCGGAGCAACGGAACUUGCAAAGCUGGUACCUGCGGACAAGCUCCAUGCCGUGCUAGUGAUCUACAAUGCUGCGUUGCAUAGAGCCUUCUUCGUCCCAGUAGCGCUGUCUUGUGUGAUGAUCCUACCCGCCCUGGGAAUGGAAUGGCGCAAUGUCAAGCGCGAAAGUGAAAAGCGAGAAAAGGAGAAACUCAGUUCGGAGAAAGAGUCGGAAGCGCCGAUAAAGAGAACUUCUGAUGUCGAGAAGAUUAUAUAA